AUGUCUGGCCCUGGGUCAGAGACGUCCGAUGGUCGGUCGAUGCAGUCUCGGACUGGAAGAAAUAAGCAAAGGUACAACUCAAAAGGCGAGCGACUUGUCGCAGGAGUCGUCCCCUUAAGUCCCGAUCAAAAUUUCGUUCUUCUCAUACAGUCGACGCGGCGCAAAGGAUGGGUUCUCCCAAAGGGAGGAUGGGAGACGGACGAGUCUUGCCAAGAGGCGGCUACACGCGAAGCCUGGGAGGAGGCUGGAAUCACCAUUCAAAUUGACUAUGAUCUGGGCACCAUCGACGAAAAGCGUCCUCCCAAGUCGUCCAAGGACAGAUCACGAUAUUCAUUUUUCCAGGCCACCGUUCUCAAUGAGGUUGAGGAUUGGCCCGAGAGGCACAAACGAGAGCGUCAGUGGUUUACCUAUACCCAGGCUCUCGACGCCUUGGCAUCAAGACCUGAGCUGCAGGAAGCGCUUCAGCGCUCUACUAUCAACCAAUUGUAG